CCGUGGGGUAAUGGGGCUGUCUGAACAGUGAUAGUAUAACAUGUUUCUAUUACUUCUCUAUAUAGAGAACACAGCCUAAAAUUGCAGCUGUCAGGCAAACAUAUUAUACAUAACACCGAGUGAAGACGAUUAACAGGGUUACCCAUAAACCUCUAAGCAAAACGCCAUGACUGCCUUUUAUAUCGGCGAAAAGGAGCAUCCCCUUUAAGAGCCGCAGAAUUAGCAAGACCUUCUGUGAUUGGCUGAGCCGGAAACCUAGCAACCGAGCGGCGGCGUCCGAGGCCUGCGACACCGGGAGGUUUGAGAAGCGGCGGAGCGGUGUCUCCUCCCGGACUGGCAGAGCACGUAGUCGCCAUCUGUAUAUGUGCACAUCCGUCCCCGAGCUCCCCCGGCCAUGUCUCUCCGCACCCUGCCGCUACUCUUCAUCAACCUCGGAGGGGAGAUGCUGUACAUCCUGGACCAGAGGCUCCGAGCCCAGAACAUUCCUCCAGACAAGGCCAAGAAGGAUGACUGGACAGAUCAGGAAAGAAAACGAGUUAUGAAUGAUAUCAUCACCACGAUGUUUAACAAGAAGUUUAUGGAAGAACUAUUUAAGCCUCAGGAGCUGUACUCCAAAAAGGCCCUUAGGACAGUAUUUGACCGCCUCGCCCAUGCAUCUAUCAUGAGACUAAACCAAGCAAGUAUGGACAAGCUCUAUGAUCUGAUGACUAUGGCUUUCAAGUACCAAGUUCUGCUGUGCCCUCGCCCCAAAGAUAUCUUGUUAGUCACCUUUAACCAUAUGGAUGCUAUCAAAGACUUCAUCCGGGACUCUCCAAGCAUCUUGAAUCAAGUUGAUGAGACUUUCCGGCAGCUUAUUGAUAUGUAUAACUGCCUUCCUGCUGGUGAGUUUCAGCUGAUCAGACAAACCUUGCUGAUCUUCUUCCAGGACAUGCAUAUUAGGGUUUCUAUUUUCUUAAAAGAUAAAGUUCAAAACUCUAAUGGACGUUUUGUUCUCCCAACAUCUGGUCCGGUUCCCUGGGGCACUGAGGUGCCUGGGAUAGUAAGGAUAUUCAACUUUAAAGGCGAGGAGGUGAAGAGCGUGGAGUUUCAGAACGGUGGAAAUUAUGUCAGUCCAUUGCGGGAAGGAUCUUAUGAUCUUUUUGGAGACAGAGUUCUCAAGCUAGGUACAAAUAUGUACAGUGUAAGCCGCUCUGUGGAGACUCACAUGUCGGGAACCUUAAAAAGCUCAGCAUCACACACUAAGGAGAAUGUAGUGCCAAAUCCUCUGGCUAAAGAAGAACUGAACCUCCUUGCCCAGCUUCUAGGUGGUUUGGAGCUAAAGAAGCCCUCUAGUACUGACCACAGCUUUCGGCUUAACUUAUUUGUGAAUGAUGAGGAAGAAGAACAAGCAGCUCUUACAAGGCCAGAAGAACUUUCUUAUAAAGUUAUCAACAUUCAAGCCAGUGAAGACCAGGAUAGAAAUAAGGAACUUUGCCGAAUAAUGGGCGAGUUUCAGUCACAAGAGACCCAUGUCCAGAGUACCAGCAAGGGGGAUGAUCUUCUAGCUCUGAUGGAUGGACUGUGACAAGACAAAGCAUCUGUUUAGAUAUGCACAGUGAAGGGCUGAGAUGGUUGUUUUAUUACCAUGUAACAGCACACACAUUUAUUAUUCAUGUACUGAAUCAAGUAGGCAGCUUGAACAAGUGACAGGUCAUUUUUAUAAAUCAUAUUUGUAAUAUUGAUGUGUAUAUAUGUGUCUAUGAAUAUACAGUGAUCCCUCAACUAACAAUGGUCUCAACAUACAAUAGUUUCAACAUACAAUGUUUUUUUCUGCACCAUGGUAACUUGAAACCAGACUCAACAUACAAUGUCCAGACAGUCCAGAUCUGUGAUACCUGUCACAACUGGAGGAACUGACCAAUCAGAAUGGGCAUUUUACUGGUAAAUCACCUGUAUUACUGAAGUGCAUGCACUGACUGGCUGUCUGGUAGCGCCCCCUACAGUACAGGGAGGAACUACAAGUUCUGUACUAUUCCUUACCUGUACCAGGGUUAGCUACUCUUUUGGACACUAGGUAAGGGUGGCUCCAUUUAGGACACUGUGUGUACUGUACAGGACCCUGAAGAAGUUCCUGUCCGCUACAUAAGCCAUUGUUUCCCAACCAGGGUGCCUCCAGCUGUUGCAAAACGACAACUUCCAGCAUCCCCGGACAGCCGUUGGCUGUCCGGGCAUGCUGGAAGUUGUUGUUUUGCAACAGCUGGAGGCACUCUGGUUGGGAAAACACUGACAGACAGUGAUUACAGCUCCCAGCAUCUCUUUCUUACUUUUAUAUGUAAGGAUUUGCUUUAUCUCUAUUAGUUACGGUAUCUACUUAUUUUUCUUUAAUCCUCACCUUUUUCCUAUUUUUGUAUGAAAUUUUGGUGGCUUCAGGACCAAUUACCAGGUUUCCAUAGAGUUCUGGUCUCAACAUACAAUGGUUUCAACAUACAAUGGUCGUCCCGGAACCAAUUAAUAUUGUAACUUGAGGGACCACUGUAGUCUAUAUGGAUGCCAGAUGCUUGUCCUCUCAUACAGCUUACCAACAUAAAAUCACUAAAAAGUCUACAUUGCAUCGGGUCUCACUCCUGAGACCCACUGCAGUCGCGAAUUUUAACCCUCCAUCUGACCUUUUCACUCCAUAGACUUUUACUUUGAAAGAGUCCGGUUUGAAUAACAGCCAGGUAGUGAGGCACACACUGCUGUAACUCAUGGUCGCAGCAGGUCUCGGGUGCGAUCACAAAUGUUGACAUGUAUGUCAAUUUUGACAAGAUGUUAAAAGUUUAAUCAAAUGACAGGGACACUAAUGACUUUUGGUGAUAUCAGGCAGUGAGUUCCAGAAUAUAUUAUGUGGCUAAUAUUCUCUGGAACCAGCAAAAAGAAAGUACACGUGCUGUUAAAGUCUAAACAGAGGAGUUGUCAACCAAAGAUAUGGUCAUGCCAUGACCUAGUUAUUUCUUAAAGGGGUACUCUGCUGGAAAACAUUUUUUUUAAAUCUACUGGUGCCAGAAAGUUAAACAGAUUUGUAAAUUA